UUGACAAUUGAUUUAUUUUCAUAUUUUCCUUUACUACUUCUUUUUGCAAUAAUUUUCAAAAUCUUAUGGCGACUACCACUGAUUCUUUUCUAUACGUUUUGGUUCAUUUUCGGAAUUCUCGUUCUGCGUAAAACACAGAACGCAAUUACUGCAGUACGUUAUGUGAAACGACAUGGGCAUACGGUUGCUCAUGAAGUCAUUGAGAAUUCUCGUGAAUUCGAUGAACUUAUCCAAAUACUUGAUGAGAAGUUCGUCAAACCUCCAGCAUUUCUUAUGCUCAAUCAAUAUGCACUUAAUAUGACGUAUAAUUUCCUGUGUAACACUGCAAGUUUGCAAGGAGUACAUGAACGAUUGAUCUUUGUCACCUUGGAUACGGUGGCUCGUGAUGAGCUGAGAAAGACAUGGCCGAAUAUCCGACAAUUUCACUGGCCAACUCCAAGCCUUUAUAAGCCGUUCAGUUUCGCUGAAGGACCUUACCAGACGAUUUAUUUACUUCGAGCCAAUCUUGCUCUCAGUCUCUUACGGAAAGGCAAAUCGUUCUGGAUGAUGCAGCAGGAUACAUUUUGGCGCAAGAAUUUCUUUGAUCUUGGUUUUGAAGAUGAUUUGUCUUAUGACGCGAUAUUCGACCAACUUGGUUCAGGUGAUAAAAGUAUGAGGACCACUUGGAUCAAUGGAGCGAAUUUCUUCGUACGAGCUAAUAACGACACCAUAAAGUUUUUCGAAGGAUUGUCGGAUAAAUUGGCUCAUUGGUAUAUACCAGAUAUGGGAAUAAUGAUCCAUCAAUGUCAAACAUGGGGCCGACCACGGUGUGCCUACCUCCCGUAUGAGUUGGCUCAUUCAUGGGAGUGGAUGUACACUUCGCAGAAAAAUCCUCCAUACAUUUUACAGUUGGAUUGCGAGACAGAUGGGGGAUCUAAACUUAUGCAACUCGGAAAGUUUGGAUUUCAUUUUGUGGACAGUAAUGGUACCUGUGAUUAUGAGAAGGUGGAACAAGCACGUGAACGCAUGGAAUCCGGUCAGGUUGAAGUUCGACGAAACUUUCCGUCUUGGGGACGUUUACAGUUCAAAGCGUACUGGUAUAUUGUCGAGUACAUACUUUGGACACCAUACAUUGGACCGCUUCUGAAACCAUAUUUGCCGUUAGUUGGCUACAUAUUGAUGAUCACCGUUUGA